AUUACUUCUACUUAGGAGUGAUGUUGCUUAAAAUUUUCUUAGUUUUCGUCUUUAUUAUGGAUGCGAUUUUUGCACGAAAUCUCAGUCUUGUGUGCAGAACUCCAGAGGGAUACUUUGAGGGUAGCGAAUCCAGUUCAGACUGCUGGUACGAUCCAGAUGUGAAUGUUCUUCCAGAAAAAUUAGCUCAGAACCACGAUCUUUCACUGGAAAAGCAUUUGGUGCACACAGAAGACGGCUGGAUAUUGACUACUUUCCGCUUGAAAACUGUAAGAGGUUAUGGAAAAGGCGUUGUAUUCCUGCAGCAUGGAAUGAUGACCGAUGCCAUGUGUUUUAUGGUAAAUGGGGAUCACUCAAUUGCUUUUUUCCUUGCCAAACAAGGCUACGACGUUUGGCUGGGGAACUUUAGAGGAAGCGACGUGAGCACACAUGCAAGACUGAAGCGAAGCGAUAAAGAUUUUUGGGACUUUAGUUUUCAUGAGCAUGCUCUAUAUGAUCUGCCAGCAUUCUUCAAAUAUGUUACUCAGAAAACUCAGAGCAAGAUUUUAUACAUUGGGCAUUCAAUGGGAGGAACGACGAUGGCCAUUUAUUUGUCCACCAACCCAGUGGAAUCGAAGAAAUAUAUUGAAAGAAGCAUACUUUUUCAGAGUCCCACUUAUAUGAGACAUACCAAAGGCUUGGUCGCUCGGUCAGUUGUUAACGACAUAUAUGGUGUGUUGGGCGCGUUGCCUAGCAUGGGCAUGAACGCCCUGAUGGAAACGCAUAGUUUCGAACGACAAUCUACCAUCCAGUACUGUUCGGCUUCUCUAGCGGACUUAAGAAGCUGCUUGAAACUUUCCGACUUAAUUAACGGGGAUUGUGACUUCCCCUUUCCACCUGAAAAUUUUUUCAUCGGUCUUUUAACAGUGCGAAAUUGCGCAUUUCGUGUAUUGUACCAUUAUGCUCAAGUGAUCCGAUCUGGGGAGUUUCGCAUGUACGAUUACGGCCCCAAAGGAAACUUGAAUCGCUAUAAUUCCUCAGUUCCUACCAGUUAUAAUCUCGAACAUCUGCCCAAUGAUAUCACCUGGAUUUUUGGAACAACUGAUGCUCUGGCAACCAAAGAGGAUGCUUUGGAGACCUUUGAAAGAUUCAAAAGGCCUGGCUGGGAUAUCCAUGAAAUUCCUUACAACCAUUUGAAUGCCUUCGUGGACAAUGUCCAUGUUGCACAACAUUUUUUUCCAUUACUGUCGAAAGUCAUUGAACAACAUAUAAAUAAGGGCACAUUAAAGUGAGGUAAUGUAAACGCCUGUAAACGAUAGGGCGAAUUACUUAUGCGAUAAUGCGUCUUGCCUAACUUCAAAUAAUUAACCCUGUUAAUUAUGAAGUUGGACGAAGACUGAUGACUAAGUAAAACUGGGCUGCUUCCCCAAGCUUCACGGUUUCAGGCCAGUUAUACUGGAUGUUUAGUGAAUACGAACUUUGUUUUAUUAGGAAAUUUUCGUAAUUUUUACCAUUUAUCAAAUCCGAUGAUGGUGAUUGACAAUUUCGAAGGUAAUUAGACGGAAACAGACUCAUUUCGUUAUCGGUUAACCGACACUAUCAGUACACCUAAUAUGAUGCGUUUACUAGGAGGAACGCCACAUUUUGCGAACCCAACAUGUUGUAUACUUUAUGCGUUAUUUACAUGAGCCAGAUAAAAAAAAAUUGGGAUUAUUUCGCUCGUAAUAGUGGCAAUUAAUUUCAAUAGGUCCCGAUUAGGUUCAUUACGGCUUGAUAAUUAGUGCACAAAUGAGGCCGAUCAAUUAACAAUUUUACACAUACAAACGAACCAAAAUCCUUGAUUAUUACUUUUGACCAAUAACGUACCUGAAACUUCAGGGCAACUGUACCAAUUAGAAUGGAUUUGUACCUCAGCCCCAGGCUCUUUCGCCAAACUGCAAGCGGAUGAGAAAAGCUCAUAUUAUAGGGCUCGAUUAAAUGCUGGGUUUCAGAUCAAAGCUUUGAAGUGAGAAAUGGAUCGCUUUGUACAAUGCUUGGCAAGCGAUGCCCGUGAAAGCUACAGUCAGCAGGAAACUAGUUUAGUGGAAUGUAGCCCUUAGAAAAAUCGAAAUUCUUUAUCGGCGUUUUCCUGUUUGGACAAAGCUAAAUGUGUAGGCGAAAUAUAGAUGAGUUGAAAAUUUCGUAUUUGCAAAGGAACUGAACGAAUUCAGUGAAGGUUGGUUGCGACUGGAGCAAGGCAUUCGACUGUUUUAACCAACGAAUACCGCAAAGGUAGUUGGCGUAGUUGAAAUGCUUUUAAACGGGGUUUUAAGCUAUUUUGUUCGUCACUAUUUUAGUCUAAUACAACAUGUUUUAAUCAGCUUAAUGUGCUUGGUUAACCGAAUAUAUCAACGCUUUGAAUUACAGACUUGGUUUGGUUUAUGGCCAAAGAUGAAUGUUCGAAAAAAUGCUGAAAUAUUACAGAA